CUUGUCAGUGACAUUAAAAUUGACAGCUUGAAAAAAAAUGAAAGUUCAUGUUUAGACCAUAAUCCAAUUUUAAAAAUCGAAUACUCUUUUCUUCGAACGCAUUCCUUACGGGUUGAAAAAAAAUCAAAUAUGACUGCACCAGUAGUAGUAUCAGCUUCUAUGAAGCAUACCGCAACCUUGAUAUUUCUACAUGGUUUAGGAGAUACGGGGCAUGGAUGGUCUAGCACUAUGGCUGCCUUAAAACCCGCUUACUGUAAGCUCAUAUGUCCAACAGCUCCAAGUAUGCCAGUCACAUUCAAUGCUGGCUACACAAUGCCAAGUUGGUUUGAUUUAAGAUCAUUGGAUGACUCCGGCCCUGAAGAUGAGGAGGGUAUCAAAUCUGCAACUAAAAAAAUUCAUAACAUGAUCGAAGAAGAGGUUAAAGCCGGCAUUCCUCAUAAUAGGAUAAUAAUCGGAGGUUUCUCGCAGGGUGGAGCUUUGGCUCUUUACUCUGCUUUAACCUUACCAUCUCAGCUUGGUGGAGUUAUAUGCCUUUCUGGAUGGUUACCACUGAACAAGUCAUUUCCUGGUGCCUUGAAAUGUCCAGACACCCUGAGAGUACUUCAAUGUCAUGGGGAUUGUGAUCCUCUGGUUUCUUUCAAAUGGGGACAAAUGACUGCUUCGAUAUUGAACACAUUAAUCAAAUCACCUGAUUUUAAAUCUUAUAGGGGUCUGAUGCAUUCAUCUUCUGAUGAAGAACUCAGUGAUGUGAAAGAAUUCAUCAGCAAUAGUCUUCCUCCAGUUUAAAUGACUUCACUUGCAAUAUAAUGUACUAAGAUACUAAUCAAAGCAAUUGUAAGUCCUUUGAAAAAAUAGUGAAUAUUAAUCUAAGAAAAAAUGAA